UCCUUCUAUCAUUUUUCUUAUAACCUUCUUCUGUAGACUUCUACUUGUUUUUAUACCUGGAGAAGUCAGAAUUAAAAGUUCCCUUUGCUUCCUGGAAAAGCUGAGCCUUUGUAAAAUCCCGGUGGACUUGCCGACAUCUGGUGCCAGUUAGAUUCCUGCCACUGUAGAAGCUAUGGCUUUCCAGAUUCUGGGCAUAUCAAUGUGUAUGAUUGGGCUGGCGGGCACCAUAUUGAUCUGUGCCCUGCCAAUGUGGAGGGUGACAGCUUUCAUAGGAAACAACAUCGUGGUGGCUCAGGUCUUCUGGGAGGGCCUGUGGAUGAACUGUGUCUACGAGACCACAGGCCAAAUGCAGUGCAAGAUCUAUGAUGCCCUGUUGGAUUUGUCCCCUGAUCUGCAGGCAGCCAGAGGCUUGGUGGUCAUCACCAUUGUGCUGGCCUGUCUUGGAUUCUUGAUCUUCCUGAUGGGAGCUCAAUGCACCAACUGUCUGGACAACCCCCGGAUCAAAGCCCGCAUGGUGCUGGCUUCUGGAGUUACCUUUCUUCUUUCAGGUGUCACCACCUUAGUCCCCAUCUGUUGGACGGCCAACUCCAUCAUCCACGAUUUCUACAAUCCCCUUGUCCCUGAAGCACUGAAGAGGGAGCUGGGUGCUGCUCUCUACAUUGGGUGGGGAACUGCAGGUUUCCUGCUUCUAGGUGGGGCUGUUCUUUGUAGCAACUGCCCUCCUGAGGAGAAGUCCUACCCCAUGAGGUACACACCUGCCAAGUCCACCACCCACAGCAGCUAUGCCAUGAAGAACUAUGUGUAAACUGAAGGCAGACAGAUGGUUUGCAUGGAGGGCAGUCUUACUCAAGUAGCAGAGGAGCCAGAGGAACUAUGACUCCAGGGAUAUCAAAACAUUUCAUGCAUUUCCUGAUUCUCAUGUGCUUGCAAAACAAACUGUACUUUCAUUAUUCGCAGCCAAAUGUCUGGUACAUUUUCACACAUCCUCAGGUCAAGAACUAUUGUGACACAAGAGUUUUGAAGCCAAUUUCUUUGUAGGAGAACAUGAUUCUAACUAUAUUAGACAUUGCGUAACUCUGUUUUAGCUAUGAGACUAUAUUUGUAGAAAAAUAUUAUUUACUCCUUACACCCAUUAUGUAUCUCCUAGUCUUCAUGCUAUGUACACUACCUAGAUUUUCUUUAUUUAAAUCUUUGAUUUUGAAUUGUUUUUAAAAUGAGAAACAUGGAGAUAAGACAGUCUGUAAUAAAUGGAGAUUAUGUUGGUAUUUUAAUAUCUUUAUGAUCUUAUUAUUUCUGGAGUUUGAUAAAUGUAGACUGUUUGUAUUAACUUUAAUAUAGAACUCCUUGUAUUGUGUUAUAUAAUUGAAAAUGAUCCUUUUUACCACUUUUUUGCCUGUAGCUGCUAAAACAAGUUCAAUGUCAUUCGCAUAUCGAGCUUUAUCUACAGUAUUUAAAAGGACAAUCAAUUAGGUAAAGGUUUGUAAAGCAUGACAAAAUUAUUGUUUUCUAUAGAAAGUUGUGUGCAUCUCAAACAGUAACAAAGGAGAUCAACAAAUACUAUAGAUCCAUCACGGGAGAAAUGGAAAAGUGAUUAAUUUCAGCAUGAAAAACAGUGUCAUUGCUAUAAUCAGUCCUGCAUAAUGCACUAUUUACCAUAUCACUUAAGAGAUAUCAUAAUACAAAGGAAAGGAAUAUAGUUAUGGAUGUAGAAACAGGUGUAUCCGAUUUGUUUAUAAAGAUGGGUCCUUACAUUAACAAUAACAGUAGUUUGAGACUGUAUAUAUUUUUAUAAACCUAUCCGUUACCCUUUGGCAACACAUGAUCUUCACUGUACAUAGUGCCCCCCAGAUAGCAAGACAGAAGGUAGGAUUAUUUCCUUCUUAAGGGAUACAAAAAAUAACAUUAGCAAUUGAUUGCUUUGGGGGCACAAUUAUGAAGCAAGUCUGCUAUCAUGCUAUCCACACCUUGUAAAGGAAUUUGACAAUACAGGUUAACUCUCCUGUUGUCUUGUUACCCAGCUUCACUCAUGGGAGCUCAUUCCCAAACAUGGAGAAGAGCAUGAUGGAGAUUGCUGCAUUUGUGCUGAGCUUUUUGGAGAUCAACAAUCAAAGGGUUGCAUUGCUGCCACCCUGACUAGGUGCUUGCCUACGUGAAGAGCAACUGGUGUCAUUGACUACAACACUGGGGAGCUCCAGGGGUACUGGGUUGAUAUGUGGAUGGACUGAGAACAUCACAGUGAAAGGCAGACUGCAGUGUAGCUUUUACGUGUCCCUCCUGGACCUGUCUGGGAAUUUUGGCACAGGGGUUUUCUCCAUUUUGAUCUACGUCAUUUUAGUAAUUCUAAUAAUUCCACUCAACACAAUUCAGCUAUCAGUGGAGAGGAGAAAAGAGUGAUGAAACCAAUGCAUAGAGGCCAUGAUUAAGCUUGGGAAAUGUACAGAUAAAAACAAUCUUCGGAGCUCUUUUCAUCCUGGCAGGAAUAGUAGUGCUUGUUCCUGUACCCUGGACAGCACAUAACACAACAAAGGGCUUAAAUCACUUUGUGUCUUUGAGGAGAGAUCUGACAGUAGCCCUCUGUAUUGGCUGGGUGGCUUCAGCUGGUCAGUGGUGGCACUGUCUUCUGCAGCAGGUGUUCUCCAACUGAACAAAAGGAACCGAAUACUGAACACCUGCGACAAUCUGUUCUUGAUCAUCCUAGUGCUCCCUUUUUUCAGUGUAAUGAGGAUAAGCACAGAGCUGCGACUGUGUGGAAAUGAAAAUUUCUUUACCGUGGCAAGUCAGGAGUGGGUGUUCUGUCUUUUGCUUUCCUUUCCCCUUUCUUUCUGUGGGUCUGCUCCAGGUCUGCUCUUCUUCCAGUGCUGUUACUUCUACACACCUUGUGUCUCUGCAAACAGUCGGUAAUUCAGUCUGUGGAGAUUGAUGCCUGCCACACUGAUUACAUGGCAAGAGGACUUUAGAAAGAGAGAGAAGCAGACAAGAGAGCAGGAGGAGAGAUUUCCUUUACUAGCGUUUUUUGCAUAUUUGCUUCAGUAGAGUAGAACUGGGAAACCAAGAGGGAGAGAUCUAUUUGUUGACAGGUAUGGGCUUAUUGGGAUAAAUCUGCUUACUAUGUCUUUAGUCUUGUGUGCUUUCAAUUUGAAUAACCUGAUUGUUACCAAUCUCAGUGAUAUUUUAAUGCAUGUUAUUAGUGGAGAGAUACUAGUUAAUACAAAUGUAAGGUUUCUUCUUUCUUUGCAAAAUGUCUGUAAGCACCUUUACUUUUGAAAAUAAACCUUGUGUAAUGCAAUGCUGUGUCCAUCUCUGUCAUUGACACCAUUGACAAACAUUUGUUUGCGCAAUUAAAGAAUCUUGUGCUACUUGGGAA